GUCAUCAACAAGAACAUGAAGCUGGGCCAGAAAGUGUUAAUACCCUUCAAACAGUUUCCCAAAUUUAACUUUGUGGGCAAACUGCUGGGUCCACGCGGGAACUCACUAAAGAGACUACAGGAAGWCACGCUCACUAAGAUGUCCAUUCUGGGGAAAGGAUCAAUGAGAGACAAAGAGAAGGAGGAAGAACUACGGAAGAGCGGAGAGGCCAAAUAUCAGCACCUGAACGAGGACCUCCAUGUCCUCAUAGAAGUGUUCGCUCCCCCUGCAGAGGCCUACAACAGGAUGGGUCACGCACUGGAGGAGAUCAAGAAGUUCCUCAUACCAGAUUACAAUGAUGAGAUCCGACAGGCGCAGCUGCAGGAGCUAACGUACCUGAAUGGUGGCUCAGAGGAUGCCAAGGUGCCAGCGGUGAGGGGCAAACUACCUGCAGCACGGGGUAGAGGGACACCUGCCCCAGGACCCAUCAGGAGUCGAGGAGGUGUGCCCCCUCCCCACGCAGCCGUCCCCCGUGGAGCAGCACCGAGAGGGGCACCCCCCAGCCGGGUACCAUCCGCCCGAGGGAGGGGCGUGCCAGCACCAAGAGCACGAGGGGCUCCCCUAUCCGCGGGGUACAGACCACCACCACCCGUAGCACAGGACACAUAUGGGGAAUAUGAAUAUGAUGAUGGAUACGGGACAGCUUACGAUGACCAGGGUUAUGACUCCUACGACAACAGUUACAGCAAUCAAGGACAGAACUCAGACGAUUAUUAUGAGUACGGACACGAUAAUGGUGAGGAAUCGUAUGAGUCAUACGCAGGUCAGGAGGAGUGGACAACUAAUCGCGGGAAGGUGCCAGCUGCACGGACGACCAAGGGAGUGUACAGAGAGACGCCCUACUCCAGAUAUUGAACUGAUUAUACAAGAACCUGCACAAUCCCUCACGGACGUGUCAUCAAGUAAUGGAUUUUAUACGGACGCUCCCUUCUUUUUAGAAUAAAAACACUCAAUCGUAAAUGUGUGUUUUAAAAACAGAAAAACCUGGUAUCAUAUCAAGACUGUUUUCACCAGAAUAAUGUGUAUAUUUUAGGUCAUCUACCCACUCCUAAACAAGUAGAUAUCUAAAUACUAUGGACCUGGUUAUAGAGGGAUUGGUCACUUUAAUAUGUUAGUGAUUUAGUUGUAGAGAGGUGAAGUAUUGUAGAUAUUUUUUCCUGGGGGUGAUUGGUCAAUUGUGUCCCUUGUAAAUGAAACCWUUCCAAUCAGAAAACAGAACGAUCCUGAAAUACAUAUUGUUGUUUGAUCUCCUUUUGUAAAUGAUAGGUCUUUAGUGUUAAAGGGCUUAUACAAGCAUGGUGUGGAAUCAUUGUGGAUAGUGUCAGGUGUUUUAUCCUAUCUUAAAACGUGUGUAGACAUGUGUGUUUAAUUCCCACCUUUAAUCAAUCUUCAUUCACAGGCCAUACUCUUCUUUUUUUUUGUGUAAAAAUCUUCAGUAAAAAAAAAAGAAUCAAGAGCUGCAAAACAUUUUAUGUAAAGCUCUUAAUAAUUAAUUCCAAUCUAUUAUUUUUUAGGGGGUUAAAAACCUGAAAUGCUUUCAGACAAUGUAAUAAUCCGUUUCUUGAGACAUUAAACCAUGUAGAAUUGGUCUGGUAGCAGAAAUAGUGUAUUAGCAUAUUAACCUUCUCUGCUUAUGUAAGCCCUUUAAAUUUUUCUUCUUGGUUGAUGCUCAAUAAACUUUUUGAAAGAA